UCCUUCAGACUAGGUUCAUCCCUCCAAACAAACACGAUCACUUUUCUGGCUUCGUGAAUUUCUAAACCUCUGUUUCCGCUGUAAUAUCGGAAAUGGACGUUCGUCGGCGACCAACUAAGCCACCACGCGUGGGCGGAGGGAGCAAUCAUCAUGGCAACAACGCAGAGAAACGGUUGCCGUUGCCUGCGCCUAAAGCAUCGGACGCGUUGCCGCUUCCUCUCUACCUAACGAACGCCAUUUUCUUCACGCUCUUCUUUUCCGUUCUGUAUUACCUGUUGCACCGAUGGCGUGACAAGAUCCGAAACUCAACUCCGCUUCACGUGGUCACGCUUGCCGAAAUCGCCGCCAUUGUGUCGCUCAUCGCUUCGUUCAUUUACUUGCUUGGCUUUUUCGGCAUUGACUUCGUCCAGUCUUUCAUCUUACGCGCCUCUAACGACGCGUGGGAUCUGGACGAAGAAACGGAAACAAUAAUUAGUUGCCCUCCUGCCCGUUCCCCGACGACGAUUGCUAAAUUAGUCAAACCCGAGCCUAUAAUUACAACUUUGUCCUCCUUAGAAGACGAGGAAAUUGUUAAGGCCGUUGUGGACGGUAAAAUUCCUUCGUACUCGCUUGAAUCAAAGAUUGGGGACUAUAAACGAGCAACUGAGAUUCGACGGGAGGCGCUACAGAGAAUGACUGGUAGAUCGUUACAAGGAUUACCGUUGGAUGGAUUUGAUUACGAGUCAAUUUUAGGUCAAUGUUGUGAAAUGCCGGUGGGAUAUGUGCAGAUUCCUGUGGGAAUCGCUGGACCGUUAUUGCUUGAUGGAUUUGAACACAUCGUACCGAUGGCAACUACUGAAGGGUGUUUGGUUGCAAGUGCGAAUAGAGGGUGUAAGGCUAUCUAUGCGUCUGGUGGUGCCACAACUGUGCUUUUGAGAGAUGGGAUGACGAGGGCGCCUGUUGUGCGAUUUGGAAGUGCUAAGAGAGCUGCCGAGCUGAAGUUCUUCUUGGAGGAUCCUAACAAUUUCGAAACUUUGGCUGUCGUUUUUAACAGGUCGAGUAGAUUUGCAAGGCUCCAACAUAUUCAAUGCUCUCUUGCUGGGAAGAAUCUGUAUGCCAGAUUUAGUUGUAGCACAGGUGACGCAAUGGGAAUGAAUAUGGUUUCUAAAGGAGUUCAGAAUGUCCUUGAAUUUCUUCAAAAUGAGUUUCCUGAUAUGGAGGUUGUGGGAUUAACUGGAAACUUUUGUUCGGAUAAGAAACCUGCUGCUGUAAAUUGGAUUGAAGGACGUGGCAAAUCAGUUGUUUGUGAGGCAACAAUAAGGGGAGAAGUAGUGAAACAGGUUUUGAAAACUAAUGUCGCUACUCUGGCAGAGCUCAACAUGCUAAAGAACCUUGUGGGCUCUGCUGUUGCUGGUGCUCUUGGUGGAUUUAAUGCCCAGGCUGCCAACAUUGUCUCUGCAGUCUUUAUAGCAACUGGCCAAGAUCCAGCACAAAAUGUUGAGAGUUCUCAUUGCAUCACCAUGAUGGAAGCUGUCAAUGACGGGAAAGAUCUGCACAUAUCUGUCACUAUGCCAUCCAUUGAGGUAGGUACAGUUGGAGGUGGCACUCAACUUGCAUCUCAGUCUGCCUGCCUGAAUUUACUAGGUGUGAAGGGUGCGAGCAAAGAAUCCCCUGGAUCAAACUCAAGGCUCUUGGCCACUAUUGUUGCCGGUGCAGUUCUUGCAGGGGAGCUCUCCCUGAUGUCUGCAAUUGCAGCCGGGCAACUUGUCCAGAGUCAUAUGAAAUACAACAGAUCCAGCAAAGAUGUAUGUAAAGCUGCAUCAUAAACGGUGAUGUGCACUCAUCAGUUAAAUUUGUAAUGGAAAUAAACAUUGAACAGGAAGAUAAAAAGGAAAGGGUAGGGGAAGGCAGAAAGUUAAGCUGUGCAAUCCUUGCUGCCAAUGUGGAAGUUUUCUAGGGUCAUGAACUUCAAUUAAAAGGGCCCCCAGUUAAAAUAUUGGGUCUGUGUUGUGUCGUAAUACUGAAAGUUUUAUCUGUCUUUGGCCUGGGACCAUGCCUUGUAUCUUUUGUCACAUUGUAUACAAGAUUGUGAACUCCCUGGACGCUGGUUUGGGUAACGCAGUCUAAAUCCUGUGGCAUGUAAUUAUUCUUCAACCGCUUUGUGUGAUUUUGCCCUAACUUCUGUAUUUCCUAUUAAUCGUUAAUUUCAGUUUCUCUUUCAAGUGACUCA